AUGCACUGGUCGUCGGCGACGUAUGAGGGCACCAAGCCCCCGGGGGUGCGGUCGCAUACCACCACGCGCGUGGGAUCGAAGCUGUUCGUGAUAGGGGGUUCGGCGUCGGACGACUCCUUCAACAACGUGACGGUUUUCGACGCGGAUACGUUCUUCUGGUACAAGCCAGAGGUGCGGGGCUCGGCCGAGUUCGGACCCCACCGAGCCCAUUCGGCCACUCUGGUCCAGAACGGCUGCGACAUCUUCGUCUUCGGGGGCGGCGACGGCCCGAACUACUUCGACACGCUCUUUAUUUUGAACACCAAGACCAUGGCCUGGUCGCAGCCCAAAGUUACCGGCACCGGGCCGGGGCCGCGACGUGCGCACUCGGCGACACUUGUCGGCAAGGACCUGUACAUCUUUGGCGGUGGCGACGGACGCAAGGCGCUCAACGACAUUUUCAUUCUCGACACGGACCUCUUGGCGUGGCGGAACUGUGAGGUCAAGGGGGACGUCCCUCCGCCCAGGGGCUAUCACGCGUCGUGUCUGCUCGACAACAACAAGAUACUGGUCUACGGAGGCUCCGACGGCCAGGAGUGCUUCAGCGACGUGGCCAUUUUCGACACGGUGUCGUCGACAUGGAGCAAGCAGAAGGUGAUCAACCCCAAGCCUCGUCUCGGUCACACUGUCAGCGCCAUCGGCAACACCGUCUUCGCGUUCGGAGGCCACAACGGCACCGACUACGUCAACGAGCUCGACGUGCUCAGCGUGCGGGGUCAGGAAUGGACGUCCCUGCCGCACACCGGCACGUCGCCUCAGCCCAGAGGCUACCACACCGCCACCUACUACGACUCGCGCCUGUUCGUCUACGGCGGCUUCGACAACAGCAAGUGCUUCGACGAGAUCACCGUGCUCGAUCUGAGUAUCUACGCCUACUUCGGCCUCGGCGAGAAGUAG